AUGUCCGACUCUGCCGGAGCUCGACCUUCGUUUGUGCCUGAGGACAAGGUCGAAGCUGCGGGAUCACAACUCGAUCGAUCACUCGCCCACACGUCGUACGAAGCUGAUCUGGACCAAGUGCUCGGAGUUGCGAGUGACAAGCACGGCCAAGACGAUGAAAACGGAGAAGAUGAGGGCGGUGACGAGAACCAGGACGGGUUUGGCGACUUUGUCUACACUGGCAAGGACGUGGAAAGACCGCGGAUGGAUGACGACGAGAUGGAUGAGGAUGAGCAGACCGACCACAGCAUGGGGGAAACACCGGUGCACUUCGACGACACGCGGUCAUACGAAGAGAGAAUGAAAGCCAUCGUCGAUGAAGGUGUCGACGUUGUAGAAUCGACAGGCACUACGAGUGCACCGGCCACACCGAAACGCAGCUCUCGUAUCGGAGCACCACAAUCCGGACUGGCAGUGAGUGGGCGAAAGAGACAUAGUCUAUGGCGCAAGUCCGACUCAUAUCAGACCCCUGCCUCCAGGAUUCACCUGCAGCGUCUGCUCUCACCACCCCAUCCGACGACACCUUCCCGGGCUACGCGCCGAGUCGAACUCGACCAGGAGCACGACCACGGCACUCGGCCGCGACCUCGGUGCACGGUUCGCCUGCAGCAUCCACCUCCUCUGCCUUCCCGCGCCGACCUUCCUUCCACCCACAAAUCUCGCGGCUGCGUUCGGGCUCGCAUCAACCUCAACGCUUCGUUUCGAGCAGCACCUACUUUGAGAAUGGGGCCCCGCCCAGAUUCGAUUCGCCGGGGACUUCGGCGUUCGACUUGGCCUCGCGAAGGUCGUCGACCUCGAAUCUGUUUGGCGGCGAUCACCACGACCCACAACGCGCUGGGGUCGCUUCAUCGGAUCUUGGCGCAUCACGGAACUCAACAGCGAACACGUCCGAGGCAGGUGCGGCGGCAGCCUCCUCCGAUGCGCCGAUCAAGUGGACAGCGCUGAAACGGAUUUCGCAGAGCAUUUAUCCACCUUCGUCGACCACGACAAAGAGCCACGGCUCGAACGGGUCCGCAAUCGUAGGGUUGACAUCAAUGAAUGCGGCCUCGGCAGGGCUCAUAGGUCGACCUACUACCUUGGCGGUCAGUGGUGUCGUCGCGAUUGGAACCGACAAGGGUUGGGUCAUGGUUUUCGACUUUGCCCAAAACCUGAGAUGCGUAUGUGGCUCCGAAACUAUCAGUGAGUGCACGUGCAGUCUGCUUAACUGUCGAGUGAGUAAUGUGCUAAAUACCUCGUUUCGUCUCCGAUCCAGGCAAGGAAGCAGGCCCAGUCACCUCAGUCGCGAUAUCACAAGAUCACACUUUCAUCGCCGCAGGGCAUGCCACAGGCUGGAUCCAUCUCUACGCCCUCGUACAGCCCAUCAAGCCUGCUCGCUCCGUUCCGCCAGCAUCUUUGCAGCUCAUACUGUCAGGUCGGAAGGAGGGUCACCUCAUCGGGUCGAAAAUUUUACACCUCGGAUUCGUGGGGGCCCGACACACCGCGAUCGUGUCCUCUGACGAAACGGGUCUUGCUUUCUAUCACUCGCUCGGCAAAGUGCUCAUGCUCGCUUCGACCGACAUCAUUCGAAUGCUGGGUCGAUAUCCGGAUCCGCCGGGCUUUUCCACAGCGAAUGGCGCCCGGGCCUCAGUCCCCAAGAGGCCAUCCACGAUAUUCGACAUGGCACCGUUGCCGCUCGGUCCAGCCCAGCAUGCCAGCGAUGCCCAGUCGCUCGUCGCGAUCUUGACACCAACAAAACUCGUCAUUGUGGGCUUGAAACCUACACCACGGACCUGGUGGAGAUCGACACCCGUCAAAGGGGAACAUGAAACGAAUGGCUUGGAUUACGCCAAUUCGGGGAUGCUGAGCUGGUGGCCCAGUAUGGACGAAGACGCAGGACCUGUCGCAAAUGGGACACCGAAACCGAAGGACUUAUCGUCUGAGGGGCAGGACCCGCUCUUGGCGUUUGCUUGGGGGAAAAGGAUCAGACUCGUGGGCGUACGCAAGGAAGUGCAAGACAAUGCCGACGGGUCCUUGAGUACGGGAAUCCAGUUCGUGGAGAACGAGGGAUGGAUCUGCGACGGACCGGUGAUGGGGAUUCAAUGGUACAGUCAACGUGUAGGUGUCAUGCCUGGCCUUAAAGAAACAAAAAUUGGCCAAUGCUGAUCUCUCGGUUGGUUCAACGACAGAUAAUUUUUGUGAUCACGGAAAACUGUGUCGAUAUCUGGGACGUGUCAUCUCGGCAACGAUUGGGGAGGGACGCACUCGAUGUGCGCCAUUUAGUCGCCCACGACUACUAUGCCUCCGCUUUUCCUGUCAAGGCCUCAUCUUCGGCUUCGGCUCAGCACCUGUCGUACUCUUCGAGCCUCGCCACCCACAAGAAGAAGCUGUUUGCACUGGUGAGUGACGUUGUAACACAUUAACACAUGAUCUGGGGCAGACGGUGGUCGACUGACCGCUCUGGUAUCGGUUUGUUCGUGCAGACCACGGGUGAAGUGCGUGUCGGCGCCAUCCUCUCUUGGGCCGACAAGAUACUCGGUCUGAUGCAGCCCGGAACCAUCCUGGAAGCCAUCGAGUUGACGACAUCGUACGCCCUGGGACAAUCCGAUGCUUCGACUAUUGCGCUACCAGACGAUCCUGUAGCUAGGCGCGACAUCGUGGAGCCCAAACUGCGCGAGAUUCUGGCGGCAUCACUCGAUUUUGUCUUUGCCGAGGACCGAUUGCGAGACGGCAGUCACGCCGACGGCGCAACGAUGCAACAGCUUUUCGAAGGUCUCGUCGGAACCUGCGUGCGCGCUUGCUUGGCGACGGGGGACGUCGACUGGCUGUUCGAUGAAUUGUACGAACACUACGCGCAGAAUAGCAUCGAUUCGAUCUUUCUUGAGCGGAUAGAGCCCUUCGUCCUGUCUGGAUCCGUCCACGCUCUUACCCCGAGUGUGAGUCAACGGCUGAUCGCCAUCCACGAGGAAAGAGGGCAAUUCGAGGCGGCACAGCGAAUCAUUUGGCAUGUCGAUCCCGAAGCCAUCGACAUCAACCAGGCGCUGGGACUCUGCCAACGCCAAAAGUUGUACGAUGCCAUGGUCUACGUCUACACUCGUGCAAUGCACGACUUUGUGGCGCCCCUCGUCGAACUGCUGGGGCUUGUGCGAGCAAUUGUGCUGCAUCGCAAGGAUCGACCACGAAGAGUAGGCGAACUUGAUGUCAGCGAUGCGACUUCCUCGUUUGACGAUCCUAUUGGCGAGUAUACAUCCCCAUGGGCCGAUGACGGUGUCGAAGCGACGGUGCCCGAUGCGUACAAGAUUUUCGCCUAUAUCGCCCAGGCAUUGACCGGCUUGUCGUACCCGAGUCGAGAGCCCCUUCCCUACGCCGAGGGCAAUCGAGCUCGCAGCGCUGUCUUUUGCUUUCUGUUGUCUGGAUCGACCAUAUCCUGGCCCGCAAAGGGCGGUCGACCUGUCCUCACAUCGGACGAUGAAGGCACAAACGAGCCGACGUAUCCGUAUCUGCGGCUCCUGCUCCGAUUCGACGCCGAGGCUCUCCUCGACGCCUUGGACCUCGCCUUCGAGGAGUCGUAUUUGGAUGAUGACGAUGCCGCGGGUAAAAGCAUGACUCGACAACUCAUCAUCGAUCGCUUGCUCGAAGUGAUGACCCCGUCGAUGACGAGCCCCAACGACGAGUUCACGGCCAUCGACAGGACCUUCUUCAAUAUCUUCGUCGCCCGCAACAUGCCAAAGUACCCGCAGUACAUCCGCCUCAAGCCUGCUGUCCUGCAACACGUCCUGAUCGAGCUUGUCACCGAUUUUGAUCAAAGUACUAUUGAGGAUCGUCAACUUGCCGCCGAAUACCUUCUGUCGAGUUAUACGCCUCCAGAUCUCGAUAGUAUGAUCGCCUUGUUCGAGAAGGCGGGCUUCUUCCGAGUGCUGCGAUCCAUCUAUCGCAGUUCGAAGAAGUGGGCGGCGCUGGCAUCAACCUACCUCCGCGACCCAGACAUUGGCAGCGACGUCUUUCUGCAUCUACAUGCUACACUGAAGCUGGCGAGCAAAGCGGUCGACACGAAACAGGUCGAUGACUUGGCCGAGACGAUCUUGGACGCGGUUCCGACUUUAAUCCAGGCCGAGGAGCAUGGGCUUCAACAUCUGGCCGAUCUGAUCGACAAUUUCCUGCCGUCAUAUCAUGCUGCGAUUAUCGAUCGACUUGGCUCGAACCAAUGGAGGCAGUUUGCGUAUCUCCGCUGUCUACUCGAACCCGCGCACACCGAGGCCCACUCGGAAUUGGGUCAUGGCCAUCGCGCCCCCUCAGCUCGCCCCGACAGGCCGCUGCGCCUGAGAUAUCUAUCCCUGCUGUGCACCCACGACCCGCGGAACGUCAUUCGGUUCUUGGAAGCCGAUGUUGACCGCCUCAUCGAUGACGACGCGGUUCUUCGCAUCUGCGAGCGUGCUGAAGCGUUCGACGCUCUCGUGUGGUUCUUGGAUCGGCGCGGAAGUACCAAGGCGGCGCUCGAGAAAGUGAACGAGGCGCUCGAAACGCGAGUCGACCAACUCGUACAGCUCAUGCUAAAUGGAAAGCGGUCUCAGGCACACGAGAUCGAAGAAGAGGACGACGAGGACGAACGUCCCCGGGUAUUACCGGCAAGGUCGGCAAGCGAUACGCUGGUCGAGCAGAUUGCAGCCAUCUCGAUUGUGGCGAUCGCAACCUGCGUCAAGCGGGCAACCGGUCCCCAGCGAACUCAGGAGAUGUCAAGUGAGGACCUAUGGUUCAGUUUGCUCGAAACCCUGGUGACUACGAUCCGCGCCGUCCGCGCCAUCGCUCCCGCCCCUGUUCGACACUCCGACCGCUCGUCUUCGCAUCGUCGCAUUUCUGGCGCAUCCAUCAUCGUCAACGACAAUGAACCCGAACCCCUUUCCCCGCGAGCCCAAGAUGUUCUGUCGUCGCUGAUCCCAACUGCUCUGUCUUCGCUGGUGUCAACGACGUCGACGCGCGAGGUAUCAUUCCCAGAUCUGAUGCGCCGCCUCAUCGACUCGAACGCCUGCUCACCCGCGGGCGACUGCGCUUAUCGCGAGUUCAAAGCCAUCGUCACCUCCAUGCUCGAUACAUAUGUGUCGGAAGGCGAGUUCCUCCAGUUGACCUCCUCGAUUGCGUCGCAAGACUUGUUCGAAUACGUCGAAACGCUUCAAGUUGAGGGUGCCAAAGGAUGGCGAGCCAAGGGUCAAGUCUGUGCCGAGUGCCUGCAAUCCGUGUGGGGUCCGGCCGGGCAUGGAACUUCGCCGCCGAUGAGUCGGAGCGCCUCUGUAUCCCUCGUCGUCGAUUCGCUCGGGUUGACAGGUCGCCCAAAGAUGAAACAGCGACCCUCGAUCAAGGGCAAGGAGGUUGACUGGCCGGCUUUGUCGGACCCACGCGCUCGUGGUAGACCGGCCGAAGCAAAACUCGAGCCCCCGAACGGGAUCGUGGUCGGCAAAAAUGGUCAUUUGUGGCACCAGACGUGUCAUUUGCAGUCGCGAUCAUACGAUGGCGACGGGUACCGAAUGGAGUAG